AUGGGUGGCCAUUAUUUUAACGACAUGACUCCAAUUGAAUUUGCUGAACAUGUGAAGGAGUUUUUUCCCGAGUUGUUGAUCUCGAUGUUGAAGAAGUUAUUCAACAGCAGUCAGCAGUGCAUAUCUGUAAAGAAUAUCUCAUAUGUUGAUCAUCAAACUAGCUAUAUGAGUCGAUAUUCUGCAUACGAGGAUGAAUCUUGUUGGGAAGAUAUCGAGCAAUUGACUCUCGAUGAAGCUUUGGCUAGAUCCUUGCAGUUGGAGGAUGACUUCAAUGAUUCAGAUGUAACCGGACACCUUUCUGGCAGUGGAUUGUCAGAUUACGCGGUUGCAAAGUUAAUGAACCUAUCAGGAAACGAGAAUUCACCCUAA